CUUCCCUCUUUGAAGAAAUUAUAUUACAGGUCAAAUUUUUGGUUUCUAAAGCUGUUUUAAAUUAUGUAGGGUGUCAAUUAGCAAAAUUAAUUAUUUUAAACUUAAAAAAUAUUAACGUUAUAAGCUAAGAUUAAAUAAACGACAAUGGAUUUUAAUACAACAACGAAUAAUGAUUAUCAUUGGCCAUUUCCAAAACCAAUUGUGGGAAAACCAUGCCAGCCACCAGUCCCUGAUGCAGCACAAACUAUUCGGCCAGCUCCAGUCGCCCCGUACUGCCACUGUGACGCGCAUUCGUAUUCACCCCGGGUUGAGCAAUACAAACAGCUGCUAGAUAAAGAACAGAAGCUGUGUCAAGAUUAUGAACAGCUGAGGAAACAGAUGGUAGACGUAACUAAUGACAUACUGGAUCAUCCGUGUGACGAUCUCGAUAGCAAGAUGAUAACUAUGUAUCAAGCCACGUAUAAAAAGAGAUCAUUCCCAGUAAUGGAUUAUCGUAAAAUAAUGGCGGCUGCGCAAUCAAAUGCUCCAAUACCGGUAGAAAGUCAUAAACUAGGUCUAUUACGUUGCUACAAGGAUCCUACUCACUUCUCGGACCAGCCACCGACAGUUCGUCCCACCAUCAAUCCUCCAGGAGUCGUUCAUACUGGCGUGUCCCCUAAGUCUGUCCAGCGAUGGUUCACAGAGUUCCCCGGCAGGACGGAAUACAUGGAUACCUAUAGCUCGGCAGCGAAGGCUUGUUGGAGAUCUAUGCAGCGCUUCAAGGAACCGAUGCCUUCGACUAGGAGAAGGGCAGAUGAUAGAUGCGUUUAGAUCUAGGAUUUUUCCACCUAUAGAUCUAAGCCUGUUUUGUUCAGUUUAACAAUGUGACUGUGGAAUUUCAAUAAAGUAAGGGAAGAUAAACUGUUAAAUGUU